UCUAACAGUAUAAAUAUUGGUAAAGUUUUGCUGGCAAGUUUAAUGACAUAUUUAUACAGUAUUCAUCCUGCAAACUGUCUGUUCCAGAGCUAGAAAUGGGUGAUACCACCCCAACACAUGGCACCACUGACUAUGAUUAUCUCAUCAAGUUUCUUACAUUAGGUGAUUCUGGCGUUGGUAAAACUAGUUUUUUACAUCAGUAUGUUGACAACACAUUUAGUUCAAAGUUCAUCUCAACAGUCGGCAUUGAUUUUAAAGAGAAGAGGGUGGUACAUAGAGUUCCAGGUAUUGAUGGUGCUGUAGGGAAGAGUAACAGAAUACAUUUACAGUUAUGGGAUACUGCUGGUCAGGAAAGAUUUCGGAGUUUAACAACAGCAUUUUUCCGAGAUGCAAUGGGCUUCCUUCUAUUAUUUGACUUAACCAAUGAGCAAUCAUUUUUAAAUAUACAGAACUGGCUCAGUCAAUUACAGACACAUGCCUAUUGUGAAAACCCUGAUAUUGUACUUUGUGGUAAUAAGUCGGAUCUUGAAGAUCAUAGAUGUAUUUCUGAUGAGAGAGCGAGAGAAACUGCAGAAAAAUUUGGUCUUCCAUAUUUUGAGACAAGUGCUGCAAAUGGUCAGAAUGUUGCUAAGUCUAUAGAAUGUUUGCUAGACAUGGUGAUGCUAAGGAUGGAGAGUUGUGUGGACAAAUCUCAACUGCCAGGGAUCAGAAGUAAAGCUCAGAUGAAUGGUUACCAUAUGGACGAAGCAGGUGAAGGUGGAUGUGGAUGUUAGAAAAAUGGCCGCUGUGGUGUUUGUCAUGAUGUGACACAAUGUUACUUAAACUACUUGUUAUCUAUUGUGAUCCCAAAAGUGAAGUUAGAAAAUGAAAUAAAUUUUCUAAUGUUAGAAAAUUAGGACUUGUAAAAAAAAACCACAAAAUGCUGAAAAAAAAGUCAUUUAAGAUAAGGCUAAAAAAAAUUAAUGCCUACCUUCUCAGGUGCCUUUCACUUCUGUUAAAAAUCUGCCUCCUGAAUGGAUUUUUUUUUCAAGAAGCAUGAAUUGUUGAACCAACCACAACUAUAUAUUGAUAUUAUGUUCACUUCAUCUUAAGCAUGAUAGGAUUAGUUUUAUUUUGGAUGGGGUAUAGUCAUGAUAGCACAGGUCUUCUUUUUUGUGAUGAAACACAGUGUUUCUGUAAAUUCUGACCUAUUUUGAAAUAAUUGUCAUUCUGGAAGGAGGGACGGUAGGAGAGCAGUGGCAUAAUACUGGAUAGGAUGUCAUCCCCAAUCUCAGAAAAAUAGAUGAUGAAUCCAGAAUUCUUGAAAAAAUAAAGCAUUCUUUCCCCAAUUUAUCCCAAACAACUUAAUUAUUAAUUACUGAGUCCUGAUCAGUGUAAAUCCUGAAUUCUGUAAAAAUAAAGACCCAAACAUGACGUCCAGAAAAAGGUCCCCCCUCAAUAGAUAUUGGCCACAUCCCUUUGUUCAAAUUUACAUUUUCAUAUUAAAAUGUGUUUCCUAUAAUUUCCUGUCAAAUACAUUCCAUUCCAAACAAUGUACUCAACUUUUCCAUUUAAUCACUGAGAGAAACAGAUUCAACCACUUUACCUGGUUAACUACAAUAAAAUAGUUUACUUUACAAAUGAUUGGUAUAACUUGGAUAGGGGCUGAAUAUUAUAAUCAAUAGAUUGGUGUGAUUGAAUUUAUUUAAAUAUCUUUGAGUACCAUUUUAAUUGAUUUAGAGACAUUGUUUAGACCACAAUUGAAUUUUUUUUUGUCAAAUUUUUAUAAAUUCAACUCUUUGUAGGUUAAGUUAUUAGCCGUUUUAUAAUUUGAUGGGCUACUGGUGAUUUCCCUUUUUUUACUCCCAAAUGAAAAUGAAGUCAUGUCAUUGGUUGAAUUUUCAUUGUUUAGGACAUUGAUAGCCAAUCAAAAUUUUUUGUUUACAUUUUUGAUAAUAAUUCUCAGAAUGCCAUCAAUUCUAAAAGGCAAUAAGCAUAAUAAUGAUUCGUAAUGAACUAAUAUAUUGUAUUGAAAGAAAAAUUCUGAUCUUUAAUCAUGUAAUAACAUUUUUUAUGUUCAUUUUGUAAUUGCACGAGUUUUCAGAAAUAUGACGGCAUAACUUAUUUAUAGAUAAAUGAAUUUGUUAGAAAUCCCCGUCAAUUAGGUGCUGUAUCAUGCUUCACUAGGCAUGGCACUUUGUUCAAAUUGAAAUUAUUUGGUUGUAUAAGCUGUUUUGUUUUAAGAUAUUUUGAGGAAGGAUGUAGCCUAGAAUAUUUCUUAUUAUUUUUUGUAUUGUGUAUCGUUGUGAGUAAAACAAUUCUAUUUUUUAGAGUCACUUGAUACCAUGCCAGUUACUGUCAAGUAUUUGAAAUUCUGUAAAUUCAGAAGCUAUUGCCUGCAUUUAUUAUUGCUAAUUUUUAAUAAAUGACAUAAAUCCGAGAUUUAUUAUUGUGAUUUCAGGAAAAACUGCAUACAUCUUACAUGUAUCGAAUAUCAGAGUGCUAGUUCUUAUUAUUGCGAUACUCACCCAAAUGUAUUAUUCCCAUUAAUAAAAACCUCACAAUAGUUUCUGAAUUUACAGUAUGAUAAUGUCAUUCAUAAUAAUGAAAGUUUUUGCCAUUUUGAUUUUUUUUUUUAGUUUUUUGCUUAUUUCUUAUUAAUAAAAACCGUUCCUAAUAUUUAUAAAGACCUGAUGGUUGAUAUAAUUUCAAGUCAGAAAUCCAUUGAUUUAUUGCUUUUACUUUUGUUAUUUGUUUUCUAUAACUAUUUCAUGUUAUAUACAAGUUUAAUGUUUAGUUUUUGCAUUGCAUCGUCUCGUUCAUAAAACCAGCAAAUCCAUUAUAGUAAAUUUGUAUUUGUGGCAUUUUUUUGGACAAAUUCCUGGGAGUUUUUUGUCAGGAUCUAUGAAUCUUAAUAUGAAGUACAAACUGACAUUUGACAGGAAAGGUUUAUCAGUUUCUGGUAACCCUAUAAACAGAAGUUGUUCUUUAUUGAAGUUUGGUGCUGUUAUUCUAUUUAUAGAUCUGUACCUUUUCUUUUCAUAGACAUUGCAAGAGAAAUCUUUUACAAAGGAUCCACAGAAAAUUUGAGAAUCUUUUUUACAUAAUGCUAUCUUAAAUUUUUUUAAUUUCUUGUUGUCAUUGAAAUAGAAGUUGUUUAAGGUAGAGAUUCAUAGAAGUUGUUUAAGGUAGAGAUUCAUAGAAGUUGUUUAAGGUAGAGAUUCAUAGAAGUUGUUUAAGGUAGAGAUUCAUAGAAGUUGUUUAAGGUAGAGAUUUAUAGAAGUUGUUUAAGGUAAAGAUUCAUAGAAGUUGUUUAAGGUAGAGAUUCAUAGAAGUUGUUUAAGGUAAAGAUUCAUAGAAUUUGUCUAAGGUAGAGAUUCAAUCCUUCCAUUUCUUUUUUGUUGAUCUGAAGAAUUACAUUUUACAUAAUAUUUUGUUGUUUAAGUUUAUAUUUAUGUAUUUGUAUGUUAUGCAUUAUGCAUGGAUGAGCUUUUGCUCAGCUAGAUUAUAGUUUUUGAUUAGGAUUCUAGAAGAUAUAUACAUUUAAUUCAUAAUCUCAACACCUAUUUAUAUGACAUUUCACAAUGAUUGCACAAUUAUUUGCAAAAUACUAAAUCUAUAUAGCAAUUUUUAUUUCUUAAUCAAUACAUAACACCUAAUUCACUCUGUCUAAUAGUCUUUUUAUGCCUCCGCCACUAGGCAACUGGGCAUUAAGUUUUACACUUGUCCGUCUGUACGUCCCAAAAUUGGUUUCCAUUUUCUAACUUUAGUUUGCCUCAAUCAAAUGUUAUGAAACUUAUCCACAAUGUUUAUUUCUGAAACUCAGAGGUCUGGGCAUACGGUACCUAUGUCUGUCAUUAAAUGAUUUCUAAGGCAAUGGUUGUACAGAUUUUAUUUUCAUUAUGCCUGUAUAUAUUGAGCUUGAUUUUUAUUAAAAAGUGUUAAUUACAUUGGUUGCAAUGAAAUACUGUGAUUUAAACAAAAAUGUUACCAUUCAAUACAUUAGAUUUGAAAAAGUGAAUUGAUUUAGGCAUAUAGAUUUUAGAAUACUGGGUAAUAUAUAUAUAUAUGUAAAUAAAAUUCACUAUAAAUACAAUGCAUUUGAUUACUGAAAAAUUAGAAUUGCUGUCCCAUGCAUUGAUGAAUUAUACCUUGUGUUACCUUUAUUUCUUUCUGAAAACAAACAAAUACACAUGUUAUGGUUGUGUUUAAGACUACCAAUAAUUAUUAUUGGAGGUCUGUCCAGUUAGGGUUGGACUAUUCCAUUAAAAUGGAUUUUGGGGAUGGAUUUUUAUAAUUCCCCGGAUGACCAACAUACAUUCUUUGAAUAAUUUUGCACAUUGCAACUAGUUUACAACCGUGAAUGACCAACAAACUGUGACUAAAAGUAAUACUAACCUUCCUACCCUACCACAUUCUUUAAAAUGGAAUAGCCCAUAUUGUUAAUUAUAAAAUGAAAACAUAAUAUUUGUUGGAUCAGAUGUUUGGUUGUGAAGAGAUUUUUUUCUUGCUUUUUUGUAAUUUUAUAUUUUUACAGCAAUAUUUGUGAAGAUGUUAAAUUUCCUUGUUUUCUGGGUGCAAACCAGACAAGUGUCCACAAAUAAAACCACACAUGAGUGCAUUUGGUUCAUAAAUUUGUUAUAUUUUUUUAAUGGAUAUUUUGAAAUGGUAUAUUGAAACAGAAUUUAAUGAUAUAAAAAAUAUUAAAUGUAGAACAUGCUAUGCUUGUAUAAUAGCAUAAUUCACAGUAGCUUUAAACAGUUGCUUUGCACCAAAAGUACAGAGUUAUUUUUUUAGAUUAUUGAAGAGUAAAGAGCAGAAAAAAAUUGUCUCUUUAUUUGUUAAUUUUCUGCAAAAUUUUGUCUGUUAUCCCCCUUUUUGUAUAAAGAAAAAGUGGAGGACAAAUAUUUUUUUAUCAAUAAAACUGCUGAACAUAACUCUGGUGGAUAGUUGUCUCAUUGGCAAUCAUACCAUAUCUCUUUAUUUUUAUAAAGAAUUUUUUUAUUAGAAAAUGUAUAGAUCAAAGAUUUUUUUUCUAUCAAUAAAACUGCACUAUAAAGGUUUAGUUGUAUGUGGUCCAGAAAGACGGAAAUAUUGUUGUGUAAAAAUUUUUGUCAAUUUAAAUUGAACUGAGUAAGUGAUGGUGAUACAUUUGUACCAUCUUGAACUGAGUUCAUACAUUGAUAUAAUUGUGAAGAAAUAGUAUGGAUAAAAAUUUUAAAUGCCUGAUGACUUAGAUGAAGUAACAUUUUUUUAUGAGUACUACGAUUUUUGUUUCUCCAUCUACAUACACCUCCACUUCAUCAUCAGAGUGUUUAGAUCCUUGUAUUUACGUUCAAAGAAUUGUUUAUCAGUAAAACUGCAGUACAAUAAUUGUGGUGGCCCAGAAAGAUUGAAAAAUUGUUGUGUAAAUAAUUUUGUUAAUUUGUAUUGAAUUCAGUGAGUGAUGGUGAUGACAAAGUAACAUUCCCAUAGCACUGUUAUUGUUGGUUCUUGAUCUACACCCUCACUGCAUCAUCUGAUUGAAUGAUGAAGAUUGCUUUGGUAAUGCUAACAAACACUGAGCUUGCUGUUUUGGCAAUGCCAACAUAGUCCAUAAUAUAACUAUUUUCUAAGCUCAAUGCUGAACAGAAUAUGAAUUCUGAUUAUUAUUAGACUUGAUCUUUGUGAUAGCUGAAAAUAUCUAGUCCCCAACUUUCUUAAAUGUCUGUGAAAAUUAAUGAGAGCAUUUUAUUUAAUAUCUUUGUUAUUUUGUUCCGCUGAUUUUAUAAAAAUCUAAUAGUAUAUUUAAUAUAUUUAAUGAAGUUGCCACAAAUAAACAUGUAUACUAAAUAAAUAAAUAUAUAUAUUAAAAGGUGAUGGUUACAAAAUUAUGUAAUUAGUAGGUUUAAUUUAGUUAUAUCAACAUAGUAAAACAUAGUAAUAUAUAUAUUCUGAAUUAAGAUGGGUCAUAUUACCAUGAAAAAAGGGGUUGGCUUACAGCCUUUUUUAAUACAGGAAAAAAAAUCACUAAUUUGGUUGUUGCACUUGCUCAUGAUGUAUUCUGUUUACUAUCAAAAUUUUCAAGAGUUUCCCUUUUUUUUUAUCAUUUUUUUGAGAAACUAAAUAUUUGUUUAGUAUAGUCUUUGGUCACAAUGCUAACGUAUUAAUGAAAUUAAAUAGUCUUUGAUUCAGAAUAAAUGGUAGUACCACAGAUCUAGACAGAAUGAUGAUCAUCAAUACACAGUAGUUAUUCCAAAUUAUCAAUUAAUAUCGUAUGAUAACACAAAAUAUAUUUUAUUAACUAUAUUCAAAUAAUCAAUGCUUUGCUAACAGGUUAAAAUUUUAUCGUGUCAAUAUAAACCAUGCCAUUGUAGAUGUGGUCCUACUCAAUACUCAUAGAACUCCUAUUUUUUUUUAAUUCCAUAAGUUGUCUCCCAUUACUUUAUAACUAAUAUUUGCUUUUCAUAAAAAAUAUGGAUUUAUUUGAGAAAAUUAAUACCUGAGAAAUUUUAAGUAACUAGAGAUUUUCAAGCAAAUUAUCAUACUUCAAAAUUUCUCACCAAAAAAAAAGACAGAUAAGAAAAAGGGAAUUAACUUAAGUGAAUUUGAAGUAAUAAAUAAGAGAAAAUCCUCAUAUAUAAAAAUAAGAAGAUGUGGUAUGAAUGCCAAUGAGACAACUCUCCACAAGAGACCAAAUGACACAGAAAUUAACAACUAUAGGUCACCGUACAUGUACAUAAAUCCUUAAUGCCAUGAAAAAUGAAGAUAUUUUUACAGGAUCAUAUGUCUUUCCUCAAAUGUAACUGAUCCCUAAUAGUAAUUAUUAAAAGGAGUUAUCUUUCUUUACAAUAGGAUGCUUUUUAGAGUAAUUCCCUGUUAAUUGUCAAAAGUCUUUUAGAUAGAUUUUAUAUGAUUAUGAGAUCAAUAUAAGUAAAUAUAAUAAAUUAGUGUUUUUGUUUUACUUCAUCAAAUUGGAAAAAAAAAAAUCAUGUGGAAUUUUUUUCCUGGUUUUUGAUGGAAGCACUUUGUUCAGUCUAAUUGGUUGUUUAUAUCAGAGAAAAAACAACCCUCAUUUAUAUAAACUAAGGAAAAGUAGGACUACAACUAACUAACAUGAAAAUGUCUGUUGAAUUAUGGGUAAUUACGUUAAUUUUGCAAUCUUAUAGUGCAAUAAAUCAUGUCAAUAUUUAAAUCCAUAUAUUAGAUAUUUUCAGAUUGAAUAUUUUCAAGUUAAUUUUUUCAAUUUUUUUUAACAAUAUGAAUUUUUGCAUGUUUUAAUAUUAAUUGUGACUUUUCGUAUAAUGGAGGUUAAAAGUAAAAUAUUCAUGUGUCGUUAAUGUCUUGUGUAGUAUUUAUCUGUCUUGCAUGAAGAGAAAUUGUAAUACAUUCCAACUUUGUUGUUAUAUGCUUUUGUUGGAAUUUACCAUAAAAAUUAAAAAUUGUAAGUCAAGCAGGCAAGUACACAUUAUGAUUAAGAAUUGUAAGUCAAGUAUACCUUAUAAUUAAGAAUUGUAAGUCAAGUAUACCUUAUAAUUAAGAAUUGUAAGUCAAGUAUACCUUAUAAUUAAAAACUGUAAGUCAAGUACUCAUACAAGAAAACGCUGAAUGCUUAUUAGUCAGCAUAAUUGGUUGUCAUAAGAAAUCGCAUUAGCAGAUUAUUAUUUAUUUAUGAAUAUUUAUUUAUUUUGAAAUUUACAAACAAACUUGAUUUUUAUGGUAAAUUUAGACUAAGUAUAAAAUGUUGGUUAUUGUUAUAAAUAAUUAUUGUUAUUUUUUAAAUUUAAAGAUAUUAAAUUGUUCACACUGAAAAAUAAACCUUUUUUCACUUUUGUUAACUUUUAUAAAUGUUUAUUGUAAACAAGAAACCUAUUUUUGUGUUACUAUUUUGUAAUCAUACUGUUGGGAACCUCUAGUUAUUUUGUGAAGCAAGUACUAUGUAUUUAUUAUUACUCAUGGGAUACUAGUUUGUGUGGAAAUAGGGGUAAAGGUCAACCAUACAUUUUUAGUAUUAAACAAGACUAUGCUAUGCUAAUUUGGAUUAAUGACAGCUACCCUGUAGGGUAUUGCGCCAGGACAAGACUAAUUACCAAUAGGCCAUUUAUAUGCAGAAUUUGCCCAAACCACAAAUUAAAGUACCCACCAAAAUACAAUUUUUGGAAAAAUUAUUUAUUUCUCUUCAAUUUCUUUUUAAAAUUUACCUCUUUUGUAUGGAAUUUGGUUAUAGUGUUACAAUCAAUUUAGCAGUGUUCUGAAGACAAUUUUUUCAGUUAACUUUUCUGUGAUACAUGAAAUAUUAAAAGGGAGAUAAUUUACAGAAUAGAUACUUUACACUUGUUCUAUUUAAUUUAAAAUAGCUUACACUGUGUUUAAAAAUACCAUUGAAGAUUUACUAUUUAAUAACGUAUUGUUUGUUUGUGUUUAAAACAACUAUCAGUGCCCCAAACAUAACAUGAUGACCAGUUUUCAUAGGUGGAUUAAGAUAAAAGUAUGGGAGGAACAAGUUCUGCAGGUGUUCUACACACGAGAUUGAAUGAGUGUCUGUAGUCUGUGGUCACAGGUUCUAUGAACUACAUGUAGAACUCCUGUUAAAAUACCUACUAAAUAAACAUGUUGAGGUGGUACCAAACACCUCGACUAAAAUUAAUCUGACUCGUUUAAUUUUCAUAAAAUUUUGACAAAAUAUUUACUUUGACCCUUUGACAAAAAUAUAUAAAUUUCACACUUUAUCCGAAAAAUUUCAUUGGGUAUAUAGCAGUUUGACAAGCAAUAAUUUUGAUCAUUGAGAAGAUUAAUAUUUCUUUAAGAAUAGAACAUGAUUAAAACGUUCAGCUGAUUUUUACAGAGUUAUCUCCCUGUAGUGUUAUGUACCACCUUAAAUCUAACAAAUGAGAAAGAGGACUUUGAAUAAAAUUGUUAAGACUGAUAAUGAAAUUUCAACGGUAUUUUUAUACUACCUGUUACUUGUUAACACCAUGAUACUGUUAUAUCUAUAUACUGUUAUAUCUCAAUAUUUACAAUAAACUAUUUUAUCCAC